CGCCAUUAGCAUGGUUAUAAUUUAUUACAUGCAGACUUGCAACGUAAUCUGGCGCCAAGGAGUCCCUUCAAAAAUUGAAAAUAUAAUAUAACUUCUUUCAACUGUCAAACCAUACCCAUAUAAACCGUCACAAAUGAUGUAUCCUAACCAAAUUUGUAAUUUCCACAUCAAGCUUGUCUUCUGUUUUCGCCUCCGUAAAUAGCGGGAACUGAGUGACUCUCCUACGCUUCCUCCGCAGACAUCCUCCGUGUACAUCAGCCGCUUUUUCUUCCCCUUUUCCGGUGACCCUUCUCCCUCGUCUGUCAAUACAUCCACUUCUUUCGCUUCAUUUUAAUUUUGGCAAUCAACGAAAUUACCAUUCAAUUAUUAGAAACCCCCAAAACAGGGCAUACCUAUUACCUACUAGGCGUGAAAUAACGUUGGAGAUCCAAGGAUUUUCUUCUUCUUUUUCAACAAUUUUUUUGUUUGCGAAACAAAAAAAAUUUCUGGAGAACAAUCAAAUUAAUUUUCUACAUCGGGUUUUAAAAGAAAAAUCUCAAGGCAAAGCAAUGGAUCAAAAGCAUGUACUGUUAUCGGCAUUGGGUGUAGGGGUAGGGGUAGGGAUGGGGCUGGGAUUGGUUUCGGGUCAGAGCAGAUUGACCGGAAGCGGUUCCGCUGCAUCAACCGGCCUCACUUUGGAGAAUAUGGAGAAAGAAUUGAUCCGCCAAAUCGUUGAUGGCAGAGAAAGUCAAGUCAGAUUUGAUGAGUUCCCAUAUUACCUCAGUGAGCAGACACGGACGUUGUUGACCAGUGCUGCCUAUGUCCACCUGAAACAUGCCGAUGUUUCCAAGUACACAAGGAACCUUUCCCCUGCUAGUAAAGCCUUAUUGCUGUCGGGACCUUCGGAACUUUACCAACAAAUGCUUGCCAAAGCUUUAGCUCAUUACUUCGAAUCAAAGUUGCUGCUGUUGGAUGUAACUGACUUUUCCUUAAGAAUUCACAAUAAAUAUGGAACUCCCAAAGAAUCUUGUUUCAAAAGAUCCCCUUCGGAAUCAGCACUAGAGCGGUUGUCUAGUCUGUUCAGUUCUUUUUCACUCCUUCCACAAGAGGAAGCUAAGGGUAGAUUGAAGCGGCAAAGCAGUAGUGUGGAUAUUGCAUCAAGAGGAAAUGAAGGCCCUCCAAAGCUCCGUAGAAAUGCCUCUGUAUCGGAUAAUAUGAAUGGCCUUGCCUCCAAAUGCUCUCCUGCAAAUCUAGCUCCUAUGUCGCGGACAAGCAGUUUGUUUUUCGAUGAGAAGUUGCUUAUACAAGCUCUUUACAAGGUGUUGGUUUAUGUGUCGAGAGCCACUCCCAUUGUGCUGUAUCUUAGAGAUAUUGACAAGCUCUUGUUUAGAUCGCAACGGUUCUAUAAUUUCUUCCAACAAAUGUUGAAGAAACUGUCUGGGAAUGUGUUGAUACUUGGGUCACGAGUUGUUGAUCUCGGCAACGACCGAGAGUUGGAAGAAAGGCUAGCUGUGCUUUUCCCUUACAACAUUGAGAUCAGGCCACCAGAAGAAGAACAACAUCUUGUCAACUGGAAAUCUCUACUUGAGAAAGACAUGAACAUGAUCCAAACUCAGGAUAAUAAAAAUCACAUCAUUGAGGUGCUUUCGGCUAACGAUCUCGAUUGCGAUGAUCUUGAUUCUAUCUGCAUUGCAGACACGUUGGCACUCAGUAGAUACAUUGAGGAAGUUGUGGUGUCUGCCAUUUCUUAUCAUUUGAUGAACAACAAGGAUCCCGAAUACAGAAAUGGAAAACUCGUCAUAUCAUCGAAAAGUUUGGCAUAUGGAUUGAGCAUAUUCCAGGGGAAGUCCAUCGGCAAUUACAGGUUAAAACUGGAGGCACCAACUGAAACAUUAAAGGAAGCUGGAACACUUUCUGUAGGUAUUAAACCAGAAUCAAAAUCUGUGAUCCGAACCGGAAAUGGAACCACAAAUCCUGAAAAGACUGACGGUGAAAAUUCUGCUUCAGUCAUCAAAGUUCCUGAAGUUGUUCCAGACAACGAAUUCGAAAAGAGAAUAAGGCACGAGGUCAUACCAGCAAACGAGAUCAAUGUUACAUUUGCUGACAUUGGUGCUUUAGAUGAGACGAAAGAAUGCCUGCAAGAGCUAGUGAUGCUUCCCUUGAAAAGGCCAGACCUUUUCAAAGGUGGCCUUCUAAAGCCUUGCAGGGGAAUAUUGUUGUUCGGUCCACCUGGCACUGGGAAGACAAUGCUAGCCAAAGCCAUUGCCAGGGAAGCUGGAGCUAGCUUCAUUAAUGUGUCGAUGUCGACCAUUGCUUCUAAAUGGUUCGGGGAAGACGAGAAGAACGUCCGAGCUUUGUUCACAUUGGCAGCCAAGGUCUCUCCAACAAUUAUAUUUGUUGAUGAGGUCGACAGCAUGCUCGGCCAAAGGACUCGAGUUGGAGAGCACGAAGCUAUGCGGAAGAUAAAAAACGAGUUUAUGACUCACUGGGAUGGACUCUUGACAAAACCAGUUGAACGUAUCCUUGUCCUUGCUGCAACCAACAGGCCAUUCGACCUUGAUGAAGCUAUCAUUAGGCGUUUUGAGCGUAGAAUCAUGGUGGGGCUUCCAGGUGUAGAGAACAGGGAAAAGAUUUUUAGAACUCUUCUUGCAAAGGAAAAAGUAGAAGAAAAUCUAAAUUUUGCCGAGCUUGCAGCCAUGACUGAAGGAUAUACUGGAAGUGACCUUAAGAAUUUAUGCACAACAGCCGCUUAUCGUCCAGUUAGAGAGUUAAUACAGCAAGAGAGAUUGAAGGAUAUGGAGAGAAAGAAGAAAGAAGCUGAAGGGCAGAACUCAGAUGAUCCCUCGACAAAAAAUGACGAUGUGGAGGAAAGAGUUAUUACCUUAAGGCCAUUAAACAUGGAAGAUUUAAGGCAAGCAAAGAAUCAGGUGGCAGCUAGCUUUUCUUCCGAGGGAGCUGGAAUGAACGAGUUAAAACAAUGGAACGAAUUGUACGGAGAAGGUGGUUCGAGAAAGAAGGAGCAGUUAUCGUACUUCCUAUGAGAGAGUUUGAUUCGUUUUUAACAGUUACAAAAAUUAUCUCUACAAUAGUUUCGAGUUAGUGUACACUGUAUAAGUAUAAUCCUUAAGAUAGAGCUUGUUUUACUCUAUUUCUGGGAUUCUCAAGAGCUAUAAGUGCACUUUGACUUGUGCUCUUUUAGCUUUAAAAGUCAUACAAUUACCUCAUUGGGA